AUGGGCAAGUUCAUGAAACCCAGGAAGGCAGUGCUGGUCCUGGCCAGACACUACUCCAGAUGCAAAGUGGUCAUUAUGAAGAACAUUGAUGAUGGCACUUCAAACCAUCCCUACAGUCAUGCUCUGGUGGCUGUAAUUGUCUGCUAUCCCUGCAAAACGACAGCUGCCAUGGACAAGAAGAAAAUUGCCAAGCGGUCAAAGAUCAAGUCUUUUGUGAAAAUUUAUAACUACAGCCACCUCAUGCCCACAGGAUACUCUAUGGAUAUCCUCUUGGACAAAACUGUUGUCAACAAGGAUGUCUUCAGAGACCCUGCUCUUAAACGCAAGGCCUAA